AUGAUUGUGCUGGCAAUUUUCUUUCUUCUAGGGAAAUCAAAUGGGCUGAAUCGAUUGCCAACUACUACGCCAGCGAUUCGCAAUGGAGACAAUGUAUUAGAUGAUCUGAUCAAUCCGAAAGGAUUUCCGUUCGGGGAGGUGUGGCCUGAUGAAAAACCUGAUUGGCCCGACAUCACAUCGAUCACAUCGUUUCGAUUAUGGAGGUAUAACCAUCAUGGUUUCCAAGGCGCCGAAGUGGCUGAAUGUAGCGAGAAUGGCAUUCCAAGGAAGGUAGAACACAUCUAUUACUGGCCUGGCGAUCAUAUUUCUUUCACGUGCAAAGUUUGUCAACGAGGUAUCGAUUCAAAUGGGAAGAUCAAAACGUGGGGUUGGGCCGCAAAUAUAUACGACUUUUUCGAUCAUUACCAGAAGAAUAAGAAGUUGCAACCCGCGGAUGUUGGCGUGCAAUUUUUACCACUCAAGUCCGAGAUCAAUACAAGAUCGAAAGAAUUCGAUGGAUCAGGGAAUUCUGAUCCGUCUUACAUGCCCGGAAAUCGAAUUGUACCCACAAGGCACGGAUUUUUGCCCCAUAUCCGACGACAAACGUUCGAACAAAUUGGCAAUACGUUACACAUUCAUAAUGCUGAAGCAAGGGCGGCUGGUGUGUAUUUUUGCUAUGAUGACACCGCGAUCAAUUUGGUCCGCUAUUUCUAUAUUCUCCACGCAAUGGCGCCGAUCAAUCAAGUGAAAAGAAUUCGU